AUGUCCAAGAUAUUCACUGCUGAAGAAGUGGCCAAGCACAACACAUCCGACAGUUGUUGGGUGGUGCUCUACGGCAAAGUGUACGAUGUGACCGAAUUCCUCCCUUCACACCCCGGCGGCUCCAAGAUCAUCGUCAAGCUUUCCGGCAAAGAUGCGACAGAAGAGUACGACCCUAUACACCCGCCGGGUAUCCUCGAGGAGAACCUCAAGCCCGAAAACUGUCUAGGCACCGUAGACCCCGAGUCGCUAGCGCUGCUACAACCUCAAGCCGCGAAGGCGGAAUCCGAAAAACCCAAGGAGGGCCCGCCCAGGCUCGAGACGCUGCUCAACCUCGACGAGAUUGAGGAGGCUGCCACAAAGAUUAUCCCCAAGAAGGCGUGGGCAUACUACUUCUCAGCCUCUGACGACCUUUGGACCAAGAGCAACAACGGUCAUGUGUACAGGCAGAUCCUGCUGCGGCCUCGCGUCUUUGUCGACUGUACGAAAGUUGACACCUCCACAACUCUGCUCGGCAACCACGUAGGACUUCCGUUGUUCGUGGCGCCGGCUGCCAUGGCAAGACUCGCCCACCCCGACGGUGAGCGAGGCAUUGCGAGGGCAGCGGCCAAGUUCAAUGCGAUGCAAUGCGUUUCGAAUAACGCGUCCAUGACCCCGGAGCAGAUCAUUGAGGGUUCCCCUGAAGGCCAAGUCUUUGGAUGGCAGCUUUACGUGCAGAAUGACAGGGCCAAGAGUGAGGCCAUGCUGAAGCGCAUCAACGCUAUGAAGGACCGCUACAAGUACAUCACCUUGACGUUAGAUGCACCGUGGCCUGGCAAGCGUGAGCUCGACGAGAAGCAGCAAUUCGAGGGAUCUUUCGAAGUCGAGUCCGAGUCAAACUCGAAGACCGAAGAGGCGAAGCGGCCAGGCGGUGGAGGUGUCGGACAGCAGCUGUUCUUCGGCACAGCAGCAGACCUAGAGUGGAAGACAACGUUGCCGUGGCUGGCCCAGCACACCGACCUGCCCAUCGUGCUGAAGGGAUUGCAGACGCACGAGGAUGCUUACCUGGCGGCUCAGUACGCGCCGCAGGUGAAGGCCAUUAUUCUCUCCAAUCACGGCGGUCGUGCUCUCGAUACGGCACCUCCCGCCGUUCACACGCUUCUGGAGAUCCGCAAGUACUGCCCCGAGGUCUUUGACAAGAUCGAGGUCUGGGUCGACGGCGGCAUCAAGCGUGGUACCGAUAUUGUCAAGGCUCUGUGCCUGGGCGCCAAGGCUGUAGGCAUUGGUCGCGCUGCUCUGUUUGGUCUUGGAGCCGGAGGCCAAGCGGGUGUCGAGCGGACAUACGAAAUCCUGAAAGCCGAGAUGGAGACAUGCAUGAGGCUGCUUGGAGCAAAGAGCAUCAGCGACCUAGGACCUAAAUUUAUCAACACCCGCGCAGUGGAGAGAGAUAUCUACGACGGCGAGUCUGGCAUCGAGAAUAGAGUUAGCCUGUGGGUGAAGUCGAAGCUCUGA